AUGUCAACUUUCCCGUUGUUAAUGAGUCUUGCAGAUGAACUAGACAAUUUAACAACCCGCUCAUAUUUAGAUGAUUUUGGUUUAGGAUUUUAUCCACAUCGUCAUUACCAUCGUGUUCCAUCUUUAUCAUUGCCAAGCGAAGAGGAAUGGGCAGAACAACAACAGUACCAACAAAGGCGUAAUUCUCGUUCGAGGAAAUUUUCUGAGCCAAUCAAAGAAAAUAAAAAACUUCAGCAACAAUAUGAGUUACAAUCAGCCACAACUUUAGAAACUUGUAGUAAAACUUUUAACUUUAAUGAUGCUAUGCAAAGCGAUAGCAUUGAUUCAAUUAAAGCACAAAACUCAAAAAAAAAUUCUGGAAUAUCAACUUUAAGUAAUAUUGAUGAAUUAAAUAUGUUAAAAUCCGAACAACAAUGCAAAAACCAAGAUAGUGAUGUUGAGAAAGAAGAUUAUGAUGGCUAUAUAUCUAAACAUGCAUCUUCCUAUGCAAUUGACAGCAAAUACGAAUUUCCUAAGACACAAUCUGAAUCAAACAGAUCGGUUAAAAAUUUUAAACAAUCUUCCUUAGAACAACUUGAUAAUGAAGAAGAAAAUAGCUUAAAUGCUUCACCCGAAGAUGCUCCAAAAGAUCCCAACAAAUAG